GAGUCAAUAGGUUUGUCAGUCAGGGGUUAGAGUCUACGUGGUGAGGUUUGGAACCGUUAAUCCGGUUGUGCACUGACACCAUGGUUGAGACCCGUAGUGGGAAGAACACUAGCCCAUACACCCAGGAGCAGCAAGAGAAAAUGGCCGCCCUAGUGAGAGAAAACAAAGAGAGGAAGAAGCUCGAGAAGCAAGCGAAGCUAAAGGCAAUCGCAGAGGAGCAGGCGGCAAAGAUGAAGAAGUUGGAGGAGGAGAUGAAGAGAGUUCAGCAGGAGGAGGAAGAGAGGAGAAAGGCUGCUGAAGAAGAAGCAGCAGAAGAAGAAGCAAAAGAGAGGAUACGUAUUGAGAGUGGAGAAGGGAGUAGUGGCACGAAAAAGGAUGAAGACGCUGAGAUCAAGAGGAAGAUAAGUGAGUGGGAUGAGAGAGAUGCGUUAACCAGGGAGCUAAUGGCAAUGGAGGACACCAUGGAACGGCGAGAAAGAGAAGAGCAGAAGUUGGAAUGGAAAUUGAGAAUGAAGAGGGAGAAGAAGAGAAGGAGGGAGGAAGCCACUAGGCUGACCGCAGAGGUGGCAAAGGUGAGGGACUGUAGGCAGGAAGUGGAGGCCCAGGCAGACGACAAGGCCAAAUGGGAUAAGGUGUUGAAGUACCUGGAGGUGCUGAGCGCAGCGUGGAUGGAGGAGCGCCAAGCCAGUUGGGGUCAAGAGGUAGCCUUGAGUGCCAUGCAGUCGGGGUUUAGGGACUUUGCGCGCGAUAUGGUUACCCACGUUGGGGGAGAAGUUUGGAAGUUGAGAGACAACGUGGGAAAGUUCUGCAAAGGUGCCAUUGAAGGUGCCAAAGCGAUAGACGCUGUAGAGAGCGAGACCAGACCCCGUACAGAGCCCGUAAAGCUCAAGUUCUCAGAUGCAUACGUCUCCCACUUGUCUUGCCCGUGCCUAGCUAGCUGUCCAGAGACCGCUUGUGUUAGCGUCUCUCUAGGCACGUCCCUCACAGGCAUGGCAGAUGAGCUGAAGGAGAGGAUGCCAGCCUGGGCCAAAAUGAAGAAGGAGAGCAAGGGACAGCUGAUCUUGGUAGAUGUAGAAGUGUUUAGAAGCAGAGUAGGGGCCCUUAUAGACUCAGGGGCUACCCGUAGUUAUAUUAGCCGUAGAGCGCUGAAGAAGCUGAGGCUAGGAUUGAAAGUCCAAAAGUUAGCAGACCCUAUAGUCAGUGUCCUCGCAGACAACCGCACAAUGCGUGUUGAGGACUACGUAGAGGGAGUCCAGGCAUACUUUCGCCUAGAGAAGGACGGGAAGGUGGAGAAAGUUCUCCAUUCCCUGACUCUCCUCGUGCAAGAUGACCUUCCUUUCGAUGUAGUGUUAGGAAUGGAUUGGGGAGAGGCAGCAGGGGCCACACUCCACUUGAGAGAGCAUGAGCGUAGGCUCCCUAGUCCAUCAGGCGAGGUUAAGACUGCCCGCCUGUUUCAUGUGUCAGGUGUAGAUAAUACCUUGGCACAUUGCUGUCUCAAUGCUCCCGCGUUCGCGCGGUUAGUAAAGAAGGAGGGAUUAGAGGAACAGGUCUUUGUAGUUUAUGUUAGACCUGUCACUGAGGCUAAGGAAGAGGUGACUUCCACAGAUCCAACCAUUGCCAAGCUGCUGGAGGAGUUUAAAGACUUGACUGAGUCGCCGACAGGAGUAGUGCCGCGACCCAUCCAGCACAGGAUAGAGAUAGAGCCUGGCAGUAGAACUCCUAAGGGAGCAGUCUCUCGGAUGUCCCCUAGAGAGUUACAGAAGCAGUUGGACGAGCUCCUUGAGAAAGGUUGGAUCAGGCCCAGUUCGUCUCCUUUUGGAGCACCAGUGUUGUUUGUCCCCAAGAAGGAAGGACAGUUUCGUAUGUGUAUAGACUAUAGGGGUUUGAAUGCGAUUAUUGUGAAGAAUGCUGGGCCGCUGCCCAGGAUAGACGAUCUUCUAGAUCGGGUCUUGGAAAAGCUACGAGAGGCUAACUUCAAGAUCAACACAAAGAAGUGUGAGUGGGCCAAGACACAAGUCUUGUACUUGGGCCACCUAUUGGAUGGAGACGACAUUAAGCCAGAGGACAGCAAGAUCACGACGAUUAGAGACUGGCCGACGCCCUGCACAUUGACAGAGUUGCGGUCGUUCUUAGGUCUAGCUAACUACUAUAGAAAGUUCAUGAGGAACUUCUCUACUAUCGCCACUCCCUUGCGCAAGUUGCUUAAGAAAGAGGCAAUCUGGCAAUGGGACAAAGACUGUACAUCUGCGCUAAAAAAGUUAAAACGCGCACUGAUAGAGUACCCUGUCCUCAAAGUAGCCGAUCCAUCUUUGCCAUUUGUCGUCACCACGGACGCAAGUCAGUAUGGGAUAGGCGCCGUGUUGCAGCAAGACGACGGCAAUGGCUAUAGACCCGUAGAGUUCAUGCCAGCGAGGAUGCCCUCAGAGAAGGUAGCCACCUCGACGUACGAGAGAGAACUCUACGCUCUCAGGCAGGCACAAGAGCACUGGAAGCAUUACCUGCUUGGGAGGCACUUCAAAGUGUAUUCUGACCAUGAGACGCUUCGUUGGUUAAAGACUCAGAUGACACCUAAGCUAACUAGGUGGGCCGCUGAAAUAGACCAGUAUGACUUUGAGCUCAAGCCAGUGAAGGGCAAGUACAACGUAGUUGUUGAUGCUCUGAGUAGAAGAUUAGACUACUUUGGAGCCAUAGUACACUAUCUGGAUAUAGGGAGAGACCUGCAGGAGGAAGUAAGGCAAGCGUAUGCACAGGACCCUAUCUAUAGUGACCUCCUCAAGAGGGUUAAGGAGGCCCCAGAGACCGAACCACACUACCGCACUACAGAAGGAUUGCUGUUUGAGAAGACAUAUGUAUUCGACCGCCAAUGCGUUCCCAAUAGUGAGGAAAUCCGCAGUGUGAUCCUAGGGGAAUGCCAUGACACAGAGGGAUACUUCGGUUGGCAGAAGACAUUAGCCAAUCUGAUGCGUGCGUACACCUGGCCAGGGAUGAAGAAUGACUACAUAGAGUAUGUUCGCAGUUGCAAAGUUUGCUAGAGAAAUAAGACUACUACAUGCGCGCCCCUACGUCUUCUCAAACCGCUGCCUAUUCCUG